CGUGCACGCUGCCGAUCAGCAGUCAGCGUCGUCCUGCUCCAGAAGCGGACCAGCUGCCCCCCCCUCCCCAAUCCUCAGCCACCUCCCUCCUUCCUCUUCCUCCUCUGGAGCAUCAUCAUCGUCUUUGCCACUCAGAGUUCAUCCAUGUAAAAGUCUGCGCAUCCCCCGUCUGGAUAAGUGAACCCCCCCCACCCCCUCCCCUUCUUCGUUCCCCACGCGUGGAGCGCCGAGUCACGACAAGGCAGCGUAACACUUGAGAAGUGAAGAUGAUGAUGAUGGGCCAGCGGCAGUUGCUCUUCCUCCUCUCCAGUCUGGCCGCGAGCAUUUUUGGAGUGGAAGGGACAAAAAGCAAACCUAGAGGUGGCCAAGGUCAGUUCCCCAUCACUCAGAACGUGACAGCGUUGGAGGGCUCCGCCACCAACAUGACCUGCCGGGUGGACUUCAACGAUAACACUUCCCUCCAGUGGUCCAACCCUGCGCAGCAGACGCUCUUCUUCGGCGACAAGAAAGCUCUUCGGGACAACCGCAUCGAGCUGGUACGAGCGUCGUGGCAGGAGCUCACCAUCCGCAUCAAUGACGUCAGCCUGGCCGACGAGGGCCAGUACACGUGCUCGCUCUUCACCAUGCCCGUCAAGACCACCAAGGCCUUCCUCACCGUCUUAGGAGUGCCAGAGCGGCCCGAGAUCACAGGCUUUACCAGUCCGGCUCUGGAAGGCGAGGUCAUCACCCUGACGUGCACCACGGCGGGCAGCAAGCCGGCCGCUCACAUUCGGUGGUUACGGAACGACAAAGAGGUCCAAGGCACGACGGAGGUGAGCGCCUCGGGCAAGUCGUUCACGGUGAGGAGCAGCCUCCACUUCCAGGUGGGCCGAGGCGACGACGGCGUGGCCUACACCUGCAUGGUGGACCACCUGUCUCUGUCCAACCCUUACAUGACCACCGAAGUCCUGGAGGUCCACUAUGCUCCCCAUCUAGAGAUCACACAUUCGAUGAUCAUCCCGCAGGAGGGCCAGUACUUCAAACUGGAGUGUGUUUCCAGAGGAAACCCCAUACCAGAACCGGUCCUGUGGUCCAAAGACGGCGGCGAGCUGCCCGAUGUGGAGCGUAUGAUCGUGGAGGGUCGGGAGCUCACCAUCACGACGCUGAACAAGACUGACAACGGCACGUACCGCUGCGAGGCCAGCAACCACCUGGGGACCAGCAGCGCAGAGUAUAUCCUCUUUGUCUACGACCCCAACGCCAUCGGGCAGCACGGGCCCGACCACGCUUUGAUUGGCGGCGUGGUCGCCGUGGUGGUCUUUAUCACCUUGUGCUUGAUCAUCGUCCUGGGCCGCUACUUGGCCAGACAUAAAGGAACGUAUCUAACGCACGAGGCCAAAGGGUCCGAGGACGCCCCUGACGCCGACACGGCCAUCAUCAACGCCGAAGGGAACCACGUGCACGCUGAGGAGAAGAAGGAGUACUUCAUUUAGGCUUCUUGGUCCAAUUUUUUUUUUUUUUUUACUUUUUGACAACAGACAUGCAAUUUGAAGCUGCCUCAGUAUCUCGUCGUCCUUUUUCUUGAUUUAGUUUUUACUGUUAUUCGCGGACAACUUUUUUUUUUUUUUGAGUUGAAGGUGCCUCCGUGUCUGUUUUGAUCGACCUUCUUUUGCACACGCUUUAGCGACAUAACGUCAACUCUGCUCAAAGCUGUUUUUUCGUUCACUAAGUUUGUUCGCAUCCUGGGGGGUGGGAGGGAUUUUUGUCCCCACAGUGCCACAUAGCCCAAAGUUGACCCUGAAAAACAAAAUGUAGAAGCACAAUCUUCAGUAGAUUAAAGCCGGUUCCUCUCGGCAGCCUUUUUUUUUUUGUGUGUGUAUACCCUGGGCCGACAAUUUAAAAAGCACAUUUUUGCGAGGGCUCCCGAAGUCAACUGGUUCUUGUCUCAGGAUUCGUAUCGGGAUCAGAGAGGAAAGAAUUCGGUCCAUCCCUGACCCAACCCAACGUGAGAACCCUCCUGAGUGAGUGGAACCCAGCAGGGUUGGUAGUUCUUUGCGUCAAGGUGUGCAUAUUGCUGUUAAAUACUUUGCUAUAAUGUCAAUAUUGGUGAGGAAUAUUGUUGAUAUAUAUACGCAUAUUUUGUUUUUGUUGUCCCUGGCACAUUUAUCGCUUUUUGGCGCUGUUCAAUGAAAAGCACGUCGAAAAAUUAUUCUGUGAUUCUCAAGAGCCCCCUAGUGGUGCGAGAAAGAAUCAUUGGACAAGUAGGGUUCAGUUAUAUUUAACUUUUAAGUUCUCCACGUUUGUAUUUCAUCUUUAAGAACAAGUUUGGUUUUUGAAUAUUUAUUCAGGUAGUAUUUAUAUUUCAUUUGUACAUUUUUAAUUGUUUUAUUUUUUUCUUUUUUAUAUUUAGGCACUGUUUACUCAUUCGCUGCCGUGGAUGGUUCUCGAUGUUGGGUCACGAUGAUGGUACGUGAAAAGCUAAAUACUUCUUUUGGUGGUACUUGCUGUGAAAAUAUGAAAAAGCAUCUUGAUUUGUUAUCAUCGUAAUCUGUAAAAACAAUCUUCUUGCUUUCGUGGAUCACUUGGCGAUACGAGCUUUUCAUUGGAUAGCGACGCGAUACAUUUUUUGAGGUGUCCCUAUAAGAUUUUUUUCCUGUGGGCCAGAAGGUAUGUAAAUAACAUGUAAGUAUUGAAUUUUAGUAAAGGAAAGUCUGUAGUUCUACCUUGAGUUUUCAUAACAACAUGUUUUAGACGGCUGUUUUCUUCUUUAAAAAAAAAAGGGGGGGGGGAGCCACACAGAAAAGGGGGAAAGAAAAGAUUGACACUUGUGUGAAGCAGGAAGAUAUUUGUGACAUUACAAGGAAAACUUACUUUCAUUAAUAAUAUUUUAAGAUUAAAGAUCUAGUAUUACAAGGUAAUAAAAUUCAAAAAGACCCUUUUUUUGAAGUAAAAAUCAUCAAUUCGCAAAUGGGAUGAAAUCUUGAUCUCAUAGGAAGUUUUUCAUGAAGUUUUAGAAUUUAUGUGUUUCAUUUUUUAAGGAAAAGGCUCAUAAUGUAAUGGAAAUUAAGUUGUGAUCAAACCGGAAUUUUUUUUUUUAAGUGUAUUUGACUGAAAAAAUUUGAAUGAUUUGAGGAAAACCUUUGGAAUUUUACAAGAAGGAAGUCAUAAUGUGAGAAAAACAUUUUUAAGGAAUAAAGACACAACUUUAAUGCAGCACAUCUGCAAUCUUAUGAGAUAAAAAUACAUUAAGAUUUAAGAAAAUUAAACAAUAUAUACAUUUUUUUUCCAAGGUGAAAAGUUGUGAAUAAAUGAAUAAAUUCAUAAAUCCAGGGAUUUUUUUUUUUUUACAAGGAAAAAGUGUUCCGAUAAUAACUUCAUAUUCAUAGAAAAAUGAAGAAGGGCAUUUUUUUUUCUCCCCUGGGGGAAAAUUAUUUUUCUUCAAGGAAAAAAGUCAUCUCAUGAAAGUAGUCAUCCGACCGUUCAUCUCUUCCUGUUCUUUGGAGAUCCGAGUGGGAAUUUCAGAGGAACAUUCAACCGUUGAAAUGACGACUUCCCCCCUUUCCAGUGUGCUCCUUUGUAUUCUUCAAACAGUGAUUGUAAUGUGGGGGGGCAAGGGGAGUCAAAAUGUGUGUAUUUAUCACCAGGAUGGACACUUACUAUAUAAUACGGAUAUUCUAGCUGUUAUUACUAAAGUACUUGUCUUAUAAUGUUUUUUUUCUUCUCCUGUGACAUCACCCAAAAUGGACAAAAGGAUCACCAUUAUGGCCUUUGAGUUUGCUGCAAACCGUUGUUGAAUCAAACGUCAGCUGUCACUGUACA